CAGUCACCGUCGUGUCGUCGUCGUCAUGACCGCGAAAAUGGAACGAGCUGCGGAUAGCCACGAACGCCUUGCAGCCUUGCUAAGUGAAAUGCUCAACGACAAGGUGACCCGACGAGAAGUUGAAGCCCCGACGAGCGAAUUUAUGACGAAAGUCUUCUACGGCGUCUUCAAGGAGGCGGGCCUGAACAAGACCGCCUUCGAAAUGCCCCAAUUCCUUGUGCCGGCACACGUGAGCAGCUUCGUGCCAACAUAACACCUCAACAAACUGAUGCAGGUGGUCUUUACGAAGCUGGGCGUCCCCAACUUCGGCCUAUCCGACAUUAGCGAGCCGGUGCCGAAGCGCAGUCGUAGGCUGCUCUCGAUACUCUGCAACUUCUGGGUGCGACUGGGUCGGCAGUGGAACAUGUGGUCAGACAUCGAGGUGGGCCUCGCCGCCGCGAAAACUGACCGCGAAGCCAAAAGAGCCGAGCUGGACGCGGUCAAGGCCAAGGUCAACCAGCUGUCCCAGCAUCCCGGCAUCAACCCGGAGAGGCUGGCGGCAGCGCAAGGGGAGCUCGCGGCCGAAAACAAGGCGCUGGCGACCAAGGAGCCAAAGCAGGCGGUUGUGAUGAACGACUACAAGAACUUAAAAAUUGCCAAAUGCCAGGUGACCGAGCAGCUGAAGAAGAGUGAGGUGGAGGUCCUCGACCUGAAGUCUGCAGUGCACGACGUCCGAGCCAGAAUCUGCCGUUCGCUGGAGCGGCAGCGACGGUGCUUGGCUGAGGAAGUGGAGACAGCGUCCCAGCUGCAGGAGGAGCGUCGUCAUCUGCAAGCCAGGGUAGAGGAGUUGCGCCGCAAGAUGCAGAAGGCUCCGAGAGACCGAGAGGCCUUGACCAAACUCAAGACCCAGCUGCUCUCCAGCCUGGCCGUUGCGCAGCGGCUGGAGUCGUUGGUGCAGGACAAGGACAAAGCGUCCGCGCGCAGGAAGAGUGCGAAGGACAAAUACCACCGCCUGCUAAAGGAGAGGGAGGCAGAGGCCGAAAAGAAGAGCAAGCUGGACGGCCAGACGGCGUUCCAGCACCAGGCCAUGCAGUCCAUGCUCAGUUUCAAGAAGGAGCAGUUGGCCCAAGCGAAGCAGUGCCUCGAGGAGCUCAGUCUCGAGCGCCAAGAGCUGGUCUGCUAUAAGGAUUCCGAGGUGGCAGGCUUGGAUGCUGAAAUCCGUCAAGUCCAGGACGAAGCGAAAAAGGUUCGGCAGUCCUUGGCGGACAAAGUGGCCGAGACACGACUGAACUCCCAGCGGGUCUUUGCGAGACACGAGGCCAUGCUCACAAUGGCCGAGAAGGUGUUCUUUCCUGAGGAAAGAACCCUCCAAAGAUGCGGAGUGUGCAUCUAAUCUGUAAUGACCGUGUCCGCACCUUUUUUUUUUUUUGCUUUGUAUUUUUUUAAAUGAAAAGUCUUGGUGUUCGUCAUUUAUGUAGUCUUUCUAACACAAGUCGAGUCUCCUGGCACGCUUCGCCUGAGCGGGCUCGCUCCUAUGCGGCAGUGCCACCUUGGUUGGCACUGGCCCAUUGAGGAGGUUUUGAGAGCAAUGGGGAAAUUCACUCUUGUUUCGUGCUUAUCAAGGGCAGUAUGACACAAAAGCGAAAUUCUUCCUUGCUCUCAAGACCCUCGCAGCUAGCCUGCGCUGAUGAUAGCGGAGUUGCCACAUGGAAGCGAGCCCACUUCGGCCACACAUGCCGUGGGCUCUGGACUUUUGAAAAAGACUACCUUUGCCUGUACCUUUGCUCGCUUUGGUUCAGUGAAACUUCACAAUCUGAAAGCUAUGGCCACAGCAAGCCACUAGUGUUGUAUUGCAGCAUGCGACGAUGGAUUUGUGGAGUGCCUUCUGGUGGAGCGCUCUAUGCCAACAGUUCUGAAACUUGUAAUUUUUUUAAGCAUGUUCGCAUUGCUGAGUCUGCCUUCUGAACAGAAUGCAGUGCAUUAAUAGAUAUUUAACACAAAGGUUGCAUGGUGUGAGAACAUUUUACUAGGCAUAAUGCAAGUUUUUAUCGUUGUGAAAACUCACUGCCUUGCUCUGCAAUUGCCCAGUACAAGUAGGUGUUUACACAAAAAGCU